AUGUUACUGCUGUUCGAAACCCCUGCGGGGUUUGCCCUUUUCAAAGUCUUGGAUGAAGGCAAGCUAUCCAAAGUUGAGGACUUGUGGAAGGAGUUCUCUACUGCAGAUUCAGCUAGACAGGUUGUUAAGCUGAAAGCUUUUUCCAAGUUUGAAAACACAUCAGAGGCGCUGUCCGCGGCUACCUUAUUGAUUGAUAGCAAACCCAGCAAGGGUCUUCGCAAAUUCCUCCGUUCUCAUUGUGAAGAUGACAUUUUAGCCGUGGCCGACUCUAAGCUUGGAAAUGCAAUUAAGGAGAAAUUGCAAAUUGAGUGUGUUCAUAACAAUGCUGUCAUGGAACUGAUGAGAGGGGUGAGAAGUCAAUUGACUGAACUCAUCUCUGGUCUAGCUUCUCAAGAUUUGGCUCCAAUGAGCUUGGGUUUAUCUCAUAGCCUGUCAAGAUACAAGUUGAAAUUCAGUCCUGACAAGGUCGAUACGAUGAUCAUACAAGCCAUUAGCUUGUUGGAUGACCUUGACAAAGAGCUAAACACAUAUGCGAUGAGGGUUAGAGAAUGGUACGGCUGGCAUUUUCCAGAGCUUGCCAAGAUUGUACAAGACAAUAUCCUUUAUGCCAAGACGGUUAAGUUGAUGGGUAAUCGCACAAAUGCUGCAAAGCUUGAUUUCUCUGAGGUCCUCCCAGAAGAAGUGGAGACAGAGCUGAAAGAAGCAUCCAUGAUUUCCAUGGGAACUGAAGUUAGUGACCUUGAUUUGGAGAAUAUUAAAGAUCUGUGCAACCAAGUUCUCUCACUUUCAGAAUAUAGAGCUCAAUUGUAUGAUUAUUUGAAGAGCAGGAUGAACACCAUCGCCCCAAAUCUCACUGCUCUAGUUGGAGAGCUCGUUGGUGCUCGCCUUAUUGCUCAUGGAGGCAGCUUAUUGAAUCUUGCAAAGCAACCUGGAAGUACAGUUCAGAUACUUGGUGCAGAAAAGGCUCUCUUCAGAGCUCUGAAGACGAAGCAUGCAACCCCUAAAUAUGGUCUUAUAUACCACGCAUCUUUAAUUGGUCAGGCAGCACCCAAACACAAGGGUAAAAUUUCACGGUCUCUAGCUUCUAAAGCUGCAUUGGCUAUUCGAUAUGAUGCCCUUGGAGAUGGCCAAGAUAACUCCAUGGGAUUGGAAAAUAGAGCGAAGCUUGAAGCGCGGUUAAGGAACUUGGAAGGCAAAGAGCUCAGUCGUUCCGCUGGAUCUGCUAAAGGCAAACCGAAGAUAGAAUUCUAUGACAAGGACCGCAAGAAGGGGUCAGGCGGAUUGAUCACUCCUGCCAAGACUUACAAUCCUUCAGCUGAUUCCAUUCUUGGACUGACUGAGCCAUUGGCUGAGAAAACUGUUGAAAAGAGCCAAAAAAGGAGAAAGAAUGAAGCAGAUGGGGAAGCUGGCAACGAGGUUCCUGUUGCCGAUGAAGAGAAAAAGAAGAAGAAGAAGAAAAAGAAGUCUGAUGCUGAAGAGACUGCUGCUGUGUCAAAUGAUGAAGUGGUUGGUGCAGAACCUGAAGACGAGGCAGUCAGUAAAAAGGAAAAGAAGAAAAAGAAGAAGCAUUUAGCUGAGAAUGCUGAAUUACAAAAUGCAGAUGACAAUGUUGAAGCAGAAGAGAAGAAGAAAAAGAAGAGAAAGCACGCCGAGCCUGGGGAAGAAGGUGAAACUCCAACCAAAAAGGAGAAAAAGAAGAAGAGAAAGAGUGAAGAUUGA